AUGGAUCAAGUGACGACUCCAACAAGGCACCAACUUCCCUCUACCCCUGUCAUAAUCAAGAGAGAACUUUGCUAUGCUCUGUUUUUUGUCUUCAUCUUAAUCUCUUCUGUCGUUGUUUUCAACCUCGGCGGCUCCUCAGAACAACUCGUUUUUUGCCGUUUUGGUUUCUUCCCUCAGAAACUAAAGCCAGACCAACACAGACCAUCCUUAGGAGCUUGUGACUAUUCUUAUGGCCGAUGGGUUCGGGACGAGAAUUAUCCAAUUCAGUUGUACGAUGAAAACUGCCCGUUUCUUGAUCCUGGUUUUCGCUGUCGUCAGAAUGGAAGAACAGACGUUGAGUAUCUGAAAUGGAGAUGGCAACCCGAUGGCUGUGACCUUCCUAGAUUCAAUGCUAGCGAAUUCUUGGAAAGGAGUCGAAAUGGACGGGUGGUGUUCGCAGGCGAUUCCAUCGGAAGAAACCAGUGGGAGUCCCUGAUAUGCAUGCUAGCUCAGGCAGUUAACAACCGGUCUACAAUUUUCGAAGAAAAUGGGAGCCCCAACAAACACAAAGGUUAUCUUUCCAUCAUCCAAGACUACAACCUUACGGUUGAAUACUACAGAACACCUUUCCUAGUUAUCAUCAAUCGCCCGCCUAAAGAUUCCCCAGCUCAUGUCAGAGUAACCAUUAGGGUAGACGAAUUGCACUGGUAUUCCAGACGCUGGGCGGGGGCAAAUGUUCUAGUCCUCAAUACAGGGCACUGGUGGAAUAAGGAGAAAACUGUUAAGAUGGGCUGUUAUUUUCAGCAAGGAGGGAAAGUGAACAUGACAAUGGAUGUGAUGGAAGGGUUUCGAAGGUCUCUCCAAACAAUCAAGUCAUGGGCGACCAAGAAUUUAAACCCAGAAAGGAGCCACGUUUUUCUCCGCAGCUAUUCACCAGUACAUUACAGGAAUGGCUCAUGGAAUGAAGGGGGCCUGUGUGAUGCUGAAAUGGAACCAGAAGAAAACUACACGAUGCUUAAGGCUGAGCCAUGGAAUAAUAAAUACAUUUCUGAUGUAAUCAAACAAAUGAAAUAUGGGAACUGGAAGGUUCAGUUGUUAAACAUUACAUAUCUGACAGAGUUCAGGAAAGAUGGUCACCCGUCAAGGCACCGUGAGCCAGGUACUCCUGCUAAUGCUCCACAAGACUGCAGCCAUUGGUGCCUACCUGGGAUACCAGACACAUGGAAUGAACUUCUCUAUGCUCACCUUGUGUCAAUGGGAUUUAGAACCAAGUGAUGACCAAACUGAGAAUUAGACCAAAAGAAGAAACAAAAAUGGAAAUCAUCUGUUACCCUAUAUGAGGAUUGUUUCGAUUUUAAGGGCUGUACAAGAUCUCAACUGCUAUUCAGGCAUCUUCCUCCAAAUUUUCUUCACAG